UUGAGAUGAAAAUGGAGAAUGAGAAUAGUUUGAUGUCAUUAAUUGAAAUAAUUGUAGAAAUGGUUACGAAGGAGGUUGUGAAAAAUUUAAAGAAGGUGAGAUUUAAACAAUGGAAAAAUAUGAGAUCACGCCUAUGUUAUGAAUGUCGAAAGGUAGGCCAUAUUGCUCGUUUUUGUCCACAACAAACCCGUAGUGGUGAUUCAAGAGAUGAUAAAAUCGAUGAGUAUUAUGUACGACAUGUAAUGAAAAUGUCAGAAAAGGAUGAUAAUGAAUUAAAAUGUACUAUGAAAGAACAAGUGAUGAGAUCACCUUCGAAAGGAGAUAUUGGGAUUGAUGGAUUCAAUGGUCAACUGGUGAAUAUGAGAAGAUUAUCAUUGGAAAAGCAAUUUGAGAUUGCACGAGUUGUUGGGUUGGAAGAUCCGUUCGAUAAUUUAUAUGAAAUUCCAGUGGAGGAUAUACCUAGUAAGAAGUGUGUGGUGAAGGAGAAAACUAGAAGAAAGAAAAAAGAAUAUAUACCCGAUAUCCGAAGUGUGAAUAGAAAUGUUGUUAAUAAUAGGGUAAAGCUGCAGAUGAUAAAGCGAAAAACGAGUAGAAAAGUCAGAAAUAAUGAGUAUGCGGAUUUAGGUGAAAGUGCAUUGCGAAUUGACAAUGCGAAAGUUAAAGUGAUGAAAAGUCUUGAUGAAGAUGGUAGUAAUCCAAAGAAGCUGGACAUGUCAUGUGUUGUUGGUGAAAACGAAAUUCAAAGGUUUAAUA